AUGGUUGUAUCAGAGAUGUUUAAAGGUUCUGAUGAGUUAGGGAUUGAAUGGUUAUUGAAUUUGGAAAAUCAAAUUGUCACAGAAGGAACUAUUCCCGAGGACUGGAGAAGAAGUAAUAUUAUCCCAGUAUACAAGGGAAAAGGUGAUCCUUUAGAUUACGGGUCUUACAGAGCUAUUAAACUCUUGGAACAUGCAAUGAAGGUAUUUCAGAGGGUGUUAGAGAAGCGGAUAAGGGAACAAACUAAAAUUGAUGAAAUGCAGUUUGGUUUUACAUCGUGGAAAGGCACAACAGAUGCCAUUUUUGUGGUGAGACAAAUACAGGAGAAGUAUCUUGCGAAGAAAAGAAACAGUAUUAUGCGUUUGUUGAUUUGA